AUAUAAACAAGGGUCCUCUCACAAAAAAUGGAAGUUCGGAUGCAUAAUGGUAACAUAAGCGACAAUAGAAAUAGGGAACAAUGAAAUUUCCAAAGAGAAAGUUGUUUAUUCUCAUAAUUUUUGCUUAUGUAGCAUUUUCGCUUUACGCUGCAUACAACGUGUUCUUCAGCACUAAAAUUAUAUCUCGGGUUCACAGGAUAGAGAAGAAAGAAGCUGGACCCUCUGGUGGUGUUCGAGAUGGUGCAGCUGCUCCAUUCAUUGGGGAUGAGUGGAAUCCGUGGGAGGAUGAACAAGUGGAGUACAACUCGGCACUGAACAAAAAAAGAGAGGCCUUCAAACAACAUAUGGCACGGAUUGAUAAUAACAAACCCAAAAGAUACAAGGUCCAAAUAUGGGGUAAAGCGGCCGUAGGCCUUUAUCUUUGGGAACAUAUAUUGGAGGGACCCCUCAAUCCAACUGACAAAAUAGCACAAUGGAGAGAGGGCGAGCUGCAGUCAAACAAAAUUGAUUUCAGUUUCUACACAGGGCCUGCUGUAGUCCAAGGUCAUGUCCCCUUGGAUAUGAACAGUCUAGUUCUUGUUUUGAAUGGUCGUGAGCAGCAGAAGGUGGCGUACUCCAAGCGUUGGUUGGAGCACGUCCGAGCUUUGGUUCUGUCCCACACCGUGUCUCAUGUGGCAGUGGUCCUGCUGGGUGAUGAACACUGCAACAAUGACUGGAUAGGGCCAUACCUAAAGAGACAUGGCGGCUUUGUGGACCUCCUCUUUUUGGUGUAUGACAGCCCUUGGGUCAAUGAUAGAGAUGUCUUCCAGUGGCCUCUUGGUGUUGCCACAUACAGACAAUUUCCCAUGGUCAAGCCCAAUGCUGAGAUGAUCACCUCUAACAGGCCAUACCUCUGCAACUUCCUCGGUACUGUUUACAAGAAUUCUUCAAGGGAAACACUCAUGCGAGUUCUGAAACAAUCUGACCUGGAGAAGGAGUGCAUCACCACUGCCAGGGAGAAAUGGCUCCCACAGGAGACGGCAGACAGUCUAAAGCACUAUCAAACUGCCCUGGCCCAGAGCGAGCUCACCCUCUGCCCCGUUGGUGUCAACACAGAAUGCUACCGCAUCUACGAGGCCUGCUCUUAUGGCUCAGUGCCUGUGGUGGAGGAUGUACUGACGCCAAGGACCUGCGGGGCUGGGCCCAGCUCACCUCUGCGCCUCCUGAAAGCAGCAGGCGCGCCCUUCAUCUUUAUUACCGAUUGGCAGGAGCUUCCUGCUAUUCUCGAGAAGGAGAGAGGGAUGAGCCAGGAGCAGAAGGUGGACAGGAGAAGGAGAUUGCUGGAGUGGUACGCCACUUUCCGUCAGCAAAUGAAGGAAAGGUUCACUGAGGUAAUCGAGGAAAACUUUUUCAAAAGUGGAUGAUUGUGUUUAUUUUUAUUUAUUUAUUUUGUAUGUGUUGCUGGAAAAGUAACAUAGGUGACAAUGAUUUCAUCUAUUUUGUGGAAAGUGGAGAAAUGUGGUUGCCUUCUUGUGCAGUGAACCUGGUGAUAAUGUUCAGUUACUGUAUGUACAUUUUAUCUGAGUGAUAUUUAUGUUGUGAAGUUGUGAGAGCCAUCAUGAAGAUUUCUCGUUUACAUAUUUAAAUGUUGUCAGUGAUUGAAUGUCCAGUUAUGUAGAAUUUGAAGAGAUUAAGUAUUUGCAUAUUGCGGUCCAUAUAUUUCAACUACAUUUUGUUUUUGUAUGAAUUUAAUUGGGAGAUUUUUGGGAGGGGUAGAAAACGCCACGAUAAUCGCAGAACAACUGUAAUGUGCUUAAACGCCUUGUUUGAAAUUGGUGCAUAAAGUCUAUUUUGUGUUGUGUGUGUAUAAAGUGGAGAGUUGGAUAAUGAAUGUUCAAAUUAUUUUAAAGUGUGUUAUUUUGUUGCUAUGCUACAUGGAUAUUUUCUGUCGGUGCACUUAAAUAAAAUGUAGCUUUUAAUCCA